GAUAGUUUGCAACGCACCAGGACGGUUCCCAAUUGGCGAUUGAAAGAAAUAUAUUAAUUUAGAAACAAUCAUGAGUCUGGAACUACUUACACUAACCAACCCGGUGUUCAAGAGCUAUACGUUCUGGACCGGUGUGCUGGUAAUUAAAAUGUUGGCCAUGGCUCUGCUUACGGCCAUACAGCGCUUCAAGACCAAGACGUUUGCCAAUCAGGAGGAUUUGAUGUCACCAAAGCUGAAGGUUAAAUUCGACGACCCCAACGUGGAACGUGUUCGUCGUGCGCAUCGCAAUGAUCUGGAGAACAUUCUGCCAUUCUUUAUAAUCGGCCUGCUCUAUACACUGACGAACCCCAACGCCUUUCUGGCCAUUAAUCUGUUCCGUGCCGUUGGUAUCGCUCGCAUCGCCCACACCCUGGUCUAUGCCGUCGUCGUGGUACCCCAGCCGGCACGUGCGCUCGCCUUCUUUGUGGCGUUGUUAGCCACGGCUUAUAUGGCACUCCAAGUCAUUGCAGCUGCUGCUUUUUAAGCGGCUGUUGAUAUACGUAUGAGUUACUCAUUUUUAUUAUAGUAAAGUAAAGGCAGCCUGCAGUAGCAGCACGGGAGAAGUAGAAUUUUCGAUAAUUGCGCCAAAUCUUAACUUCAUGUUUCUUGGCAAAACGAAUAAACUUUUUAUUUUGUAUAA